GGGAUGAUACAAAUGAAACCACUUUUAUUCAAUAUGUAUUGAAAAAAGAAAACUGCGGCACAGUCCUAAAUAAAACUGCUCAUUAUAAAUAUAAAAAGUGUAAAAUUUUACUUAUGUAAAAACGUGAAUUUAUUGCGUAAUAAGUAAACAAAUAAUUAUUAAAACGAUAUCAAACAUCAAUUGAAUUGAUACGAACUGUGCGUGCUGUGUAAACGCGCAAAGAGUACAAACAUUUCGAUGGUGCGUAACAAAACGCAAUCGACUUCUUCGUCAUCCUCAGGCAAUGCAAGUGGCAGUGCUAGUAAUAGUAGCAGUAGCACCAAAUCUCCUAUCCGCCAGAACAGCGCCAAUAGCAAUAAUAUAAACAGUGGCGCGCGUACACAUCGUAAAUCUUCUAGUACCUGCAGUGUUGCAUUAGCCGACGAUUUAAAGCCAGCAUCGUCUUCUAGUCGGCGCUCACAACCACAAUCUAACAAUAAUACCUCUUCUCAUACCGACGAAGAGACGGACGGAGAAUAUGACAGAACCCCUACUGACGGCGCCCCAUCGAUCAGUUCUGUGCAUAAGCAAAAUCUUUAUAUCGUUUCAUUUCCCAUAAUUUUCCUCUUCAAUAUAUUGCGUUCGUUGAUUUAUCAAUUGUUUUGCAUAUUUCGAUAUGUAUACGGGGCUAGCACAAAAGUGAUCUAUAGGCCUCAUAAACGCGAGUGUAAUAUAGAAAUCGUUGUUGGCUCCAAUAAAUCGUUUCAAAAUUCGCGAAUUGAAAAUACUUUACCAAGCGAAAUUGACAAAAAUCAGCUCGUACACUAUCAUUCGCGCAAUUCAUCUUUGGCUACUUAUCCGCUGGCGGGGGGAUCUGGUAUUGGUAUUGGAAAUAUUGCUGCAGCCAGUGGCCAACAGCGUUAUCGUUCUGCUCAACAAUUAGAUAUGUCUGGAAGAGGAAACCCAUCUAGUUCGCCGGGACCUGGUGAUCCACUGUUGGCAAAACAAAAACACCAUCACCGUAGGGCGUUUGAGUACAUUUCAAAAGCACUAAAAAUUGAUGAAGAAAACGAAGGUCACAAAGAACUGGCUAUCGAACUAUAUAGGAAAGGCAUCAAGGAAUUGGAAGAUGGAAUUGCAGUUGACUGCUGGAGUGGUCGUGGUGAUGUUUGGGAGCGUGCCCAACGUCUUCAUGACAAAAUGCAAACAAAUCUUUCGAUGGCCCGAGAUCGAUUGCACUUUUUAGAAUUACGAGAAGAAGAAAUGAAAUUGCAUGCGCUGAAACUUAAUGAUUCUGAUGAGCAAACAAAUAAGGUGUUAGUUGUGCCACCCAUGGUAGUAAAUGGCACUACAUAUAAUAAAUCUGCAACCUCACGUACGUCUUUAGCGAAGACUGAUACACGUUUACCUUCCUGUAAUUAUCAAAGUAAAUUAAAAACUACAAGAAAGUUAACUAUGGAUAGUCAAAAAUCCAUUAAUUGUGCUACCACAACAGGAGGUAAAGUUGCUUCUUCGACAGCUUCGGGUCGCAAAUUGACUGUAAGCUCUAAACGUCCUGGAAAUCUGGCCGUAAUUAACAAAUCCCAAACGUUACCACGCAAUCUGGGUUCUAAGAAUGCGAGUAGCACAGCAGUGCAAAGACAACCAGUUAAAACUGCGGCCACACCACCCGCAGUGCGGAGACAAUUUACAUCGGGCAGGAAUACGCCUCCACAACGUGCUCGUACUCCUAUUAAUACGAGUUCCAAUUAUGGUAAUCAAAGCACCGGUAGUGGCAGUACACCAGCUGUAACGGUUAAAGGGGUAGAACAAAAAUUGGUGCAAAUAAUUUUGGAUGAGAUCGUAGAAGGUGGCGCAAAAGUAGAAUGGACUGACAUAGCUGGGCAGGAAGUAGCUAAACAGGCUUUGCAGGAAAUGGUGAUUUUGCCUUCGGUGCGUCCCGAACUUUUCACAGGUUUGCGUGCACCUGCAAAGGGUUUGCUGUUGUUCGGACCACCAGGUAAUGGUAAAACGUUAUUGGCUCGUGCUGUCGCCACAGAAUGUAGUGCGACCUUUUUAAAUAUAUCGGCGGCCUCUCUGACGAGUAAAUAUGUUGGUGAUGGUGAAAAACUGGUGCGCGCGUUAUUCGCUGUGGCGCGUGAAAUGCAACCAUCUAUAAUAUUUAUCGAUGAAGUUGAUUCGUUGCUAUCGGAACGUAGUAGCAACGAGCAUGAAGCUUCACGUCGGCUUAAAACGGAAUUUUUGGUCGAAUUCGAUGGACUGCCGGGUAAUCCGGAAGGUGAUCGCAUUGUUGUAUUGGCUGCAACGAAUCGACCGCAAGAAUUAGAUGAAGCUGCUUUGCGACGCUUUACCAAGCGCGUGUAUGUGUCUCUGCCCGAUAUUGAUACACGUGAGCUAUUGUUAAGUCGUCUACUUGAGAAGCAAGGUAGUCCACUCGGUACGGAAGCUUUACGCCGCUUGGCUAAGCUUACCGAUGGCUAUUCGGGCUCAGAUCUAACGGCUUUGGCUAAGGAUGCUGCACUCGAACCAAUACGUGAACUUAAUAUGGAGCAAGUAAAAUGUUUAGAUAUUAGUGCAAUGCGUCCGAUCACCGAGAAUGAUUUUCACAAUUCGCUGAAACGCAUACGUCGUUCGGUAGCUUCGCAGAGUUUAAACUCAUACGAAAAAUGGUCACAAGAGUAUGGUGAUAUAACUAUUUAAGUAUUCCAAAAGUAAUAGUAAGUUGUGUAGUUUGUGUCAUAAUAUUUAGCGUUCUCACUUUGCAUACUACAAAUGCUUGAAACAAUUUCACCUAAACAUAAAUUAAAUUGACGCUGCUUUGUUCGCAGCUAGGUUUAACGCCUUAUAACGAUGCUAUUGCUAAUGCCACAACAGUAGUAAUUGAUGGGCCUUCCUUAGAUGUAUGUCUGUUGCUUUGAUAGAAACACCUUUUUUAAUAAAAAAAAUAAUUUAAUUAAUGUGAAAUAAUGAAAAGCUUUCACAGUUUAAAAUUUUACUUUUGUGAAAUUAAAAACUUGUAAUGCUUCUUUUUUAUACAUAACUAUAUGAUAUCUAUAAAUUUUCCUUUAUUUUUUUUUUGUUUAAUAACGUGUCUGUUCAGAAAUAAAAACGAAUUACGAACAUGAAGAGGUUUCAAUAAGCGCAAAUGUUCGCGAAAGUAAUUAUCAAUAAUCUUUUCGUUUUUCUUGCACAAAUAUAAACAUUUAAUCAAUGAAUUUUGCCAAUGUUAAUGGCGCGAACGCAUAACGCAAAUAAAAUAUUGAACAUAAUUCGUCCCAUUCCCCAACAACUAACAAGGAAUUAAUCGCUUUGUAUAUGUAUGUUUUACUAUUAUCUGUCGAUAUUAUUUAGUCUAUAAUGUAACGUUUUUUAUAUUAUUUGUAUGCAUUGUAUGUAUUCGAAACUAAUGUUUUUGUACACUUGUUUAUACUUUGAAAUAUAUUUGAAUUUAAAUAAUUAUUUAAAGAAAAUAACUUCCAUAGAAGUAUUUAAAAAAUGGUAUCUCAAAUGAAAAGCUACUGCGAUAAGCUACAUAUUAGUUAUAAGUAACUGUAAAAUAAGUUAGGAAGAUACUCAAUCUUAAACAUAAUAAAAUUUGGCAAGCUACAAA